AUGGCGGCGGGCUCAAACACCAUUGUCAUCAAAGUCGGUCCAAAUGGUAAGGAGUACAACCUACAUACCGGCCUUCUCAUACACCACUUAGGCUACUUUCGUGGAGCACUUUCUGGCGCAUUUAGAGAAACCGAUGACGGCGUGGUUCCACUCCUCGACGUUGACACCGAUGCCUUUGAUGUGUUUGUUGAUUGGGCGUACCAAGAUACUUUGAGGGAAGACUUGGAAUACAUCCGACACAGUUACAAGAGUGGCUUGGCCACCGCGUGCCGAGCUUAUGUUCUGGCCGACAGACUGCUAGCUCCUGGCCUGAAGUCCGCGCUGAUAGAUGCUUAUUUCGACAAGGAUAUCCACAACCUGGACAGAUGGUACCCUAGUUGCCGUCGUGUCAUUCACGCUUACGAACACCUCGCCGAGAACGAUCCGUUGUUGCGCCUUUACGUCGACCUUUGGGCUAUUAGCAAUAUUAUCUAUAAGAUGGACGCGUAUGACAAGGUUCUAAUGCCGGACUUGCCAAAGGCAUUUCUCGUUCAUUUGCUGCGCAAGAUGAAUGAAGUGGGUUAUAAGCCACUGCUGAGGUCGAAAUUGGAACGCAAACACUACAACGAGGUUGUAAUGACUCAGAGAUAG